GGCGAUUUAGGAGCAGUUGAGUCUCGUUGCCAUGUGAAAUGUGUCUGAAAUGGCAGAGGUUGAAAUCACACAUGGGAACGUGGGUAAAGCUCCUGUGAGGAAGAAGAGGAGGGAGAGCAACUCACUGUCCUCCCAGACGACCAAAAGAACCUACUGCAUUUUGUGUCGUAGGUCAUAUGUGAAACAUGAAGCGCAAGAACAUAUGCAUGGUAUGCUGCAUCACAGAGAGCUGGAGACAGUGCUGGGCAAGGAUUCCUUUCAUGAAUGUCAGGCGUGUAAGGAAUCUGCAAUGGGUUUACAUGAGUAUGCUCAGCACAUCUCCACCGCUCAACACAAAGCCAAGUUGAAGCACUUGAUGUGUAAAAAUGUAAAGCCAAUCCCUCUGUGGAAGACUCUAAGCUCAGAGUCCAUGGGCCAAAUCCUGGAGAGAAACAAGAUACUUAAGAAAAGGCAGAAAAAAGCAAUGAGAAAGAAAAAGAAUAAACUGAAGAAGGCAGCUGGUCAGAGGUGUGCAAGCAUGGCACAGGGAGCCACGAGAAGAAACACACAGAUGUCGAAAGUAGUGAAGCACGACAAAUCCAAACGGGUGAACACGAGGACUCUGCAACACACGCAUGGAAUCCACCAGGAAGGAAACAACAAUGCAGUUGUUCAAAACAAAGAGAAUAAAGUGUCCAGUCUGCAAAGGUCACCUCACCAAAGAGAAUCAACUGUGCAGCAUCAAGGGGGAAAGUUAGCUUGUUUGUCCAGAGAGCCUCCAGGUCAAACUUGGCAUCACCUUUAUGUAUGGGAUCAGUUCAACCAAUCAACUCAUCAGCUGAGGUAUGGCUCUCCUGCUGACAUUCAAUGCAGCAACAUCAGGAUUGAGAGGUCCCAAACAGACACACUUGUUAGGAGACCACACGACACCCAAAGAGGUGCCACUAACACGCCAGAACAAGCAACAUGGCCUGCCAUCAGCCAGCAUGACCGUUACAACAAGCAGUAUGAAAGUGGAACAGACUUCACCAGUGAUCAACUGCCUCAGAAUGGUGCUAUCAUCUUUGAUCGUGGCCAGAAUGAGAGUACAGAUCAAGAAGGUUUGCAUUGUUCAGCUCCAUCUGCUUCAGCUAACAGAUCCUCAAAUGCAGCUACCAUACAGGACGUCGACGUCAGUGCAAUGCUGCGGCAAAUCAGAAGAGCGCUGGGUGUGCGGGAGCCGUGCAGAGCGGAUCGUGAGGCCAGGAGGCAGAACAGCAAGGCAGGCGUACAGCUGGCUGAUCAAACUGGGGCUGAGAAAGGGCAGCCAGCAGGUGGCUCCUACAGAAACUACGCGAAAGAGGCUGCACUGCACAUCACCUCUGCUGCGACCACAUCUGUGCAAUCCUCACAGGUCAUCUCCCCUGCUCAUGCAGCCCAUUCUGGGGUUUGUCCUUCCAGUAUUGCUCCUACUAAGCCAAACACGACUGUCAGAAUGACACAAGGAAACACUCAGCAUUGGGAGAAGAGCUCAGUGGCUGCAAGUGACUCAGGUGGACCAUCAAACAGCAGGGAGGGAGAAUUUCAGGGGACCCUGGACAGCGAGGCUCCAUUUAGUCAAUGUUCGGGCAGGACGGCAUCCUCUGAGCCCAACCUGAACAUCAUCCGCAAGAUUCGAAUUGCCCACGAACCAGGCAUAGUUCAUGGCGACAAAGAGGCUGGGCUGAAACCAACCCUGAAUAAGUUGUUCAGCUUAUCAGGGCCCAAAAGUAAGUUGAGCUGGAGGGAGAUGUACGAGGAGAUGAAGAGGAAGAAGCAGAAGAGCGGGGAAGGCCUGCCCAGGUUUGGAAUUGAGUUGGCGAGCCCACUGUCUGACCAAGAAUGCUCAGCACAAUCAGAAGACUUGCCUCUGUCUGAAGGCUUCCACUGGGAGUCGCUCCCUGACAGUGUUUCAGGUGCGCACUUGACUGGACCACCUCCUCCACCCCAGGACCCAACAAACGACGACUCUCACACAGAAACACAGUCGGUUUCUCAGACUCAGGGGCCGAUGGAGCAACGUUGUGCAGCUCAGGAAGGCUGCAGCAGUCAGAUGAUCAAAACCGUCCCUGUGAAGGUGGAACUGAACUCUGAGGAUGAGAAUGGGGAUUUGAGAGACCACAGUAGUGCCAAAAAGAAGAAACACAAACAUGAUGACGUUUCUGAUGACGAGCCGAGGGGAAAAAAGAAGAAACCUAAGUCAAACAAGGACCAGGACCAAAUGGACCAGCUGUUGGCUGUGUCUCUGAGAGAGGAGGAGCUGAGCCAGUCCUUACAGGUUUUAGACAAGUCUCUGGUGGAGGCUCGCAACGCCCUGCAAGCUGCCUACACAGAAGUCCAAAGACUCCUGCUAUUGAGACAGCAGUGUACUGCUGAGGUCAACGGUCUGAGAGCCAAGCGCAUUGAGAUCCUGCAGAGGAUGCAAGGAGGAUACUCAGGGGCUUCUAAUGUGGCAGCGAAAGCUACAACCUUAUCAGCUGCUGCCGUGCAACCAAGACUCUCUCCUCUUCCUUCCUCUAGUGCCUUCCCCACCACCUCCAGCCAGCGGCCACCUCCCACAAACCCAGCAUCUUCCAUCAGCCAACCUCCUCCAUCCCCCCUCACCCUGCCAACCAUGCCCGUAAAGCGAGGAAUCUGCCAAACACACACAGCCCCCUGUAACCCUGAUACAAGCCAGAUACCUGUGAACCAGCCUUCGCCCCUGUUUCCCUCUGAUUUGCUCCCUUUGCUGCUGCUUCCAUCACCAAACUUAGCCCCCUCUACAGCUGCUGUUACCUCUCGCACACAACUCAAAGCAGUGUGCUCUGCAUCAGUGAGUCCUUCUCCUGAAUCACCUGCCAGGCAGCUGGAGCAAGUGACGAGGGACGGUUUAAAGGACUGUGUAAAACCAGCGAGGUUAGCGAGCGAGGAAGCUGACAGUGAUUCUGAGGAAGAGACGGGAGGAAAUCUGAAGCCAGCUGCAGGGAAGCCCACUACUCUCCCCACAAGAGAUGAAAAUGUGCCUGCCGCAGCACCGGACGUCGAAGGAGGGAACGAGAGCGACGACUCUGUUAAAAUUAUGGAGCCGUCCAACGUGGUGGUCAUAGAUGAUGAUGAAUCAGACAACGAGGAGACCGUCUCAAUUGUUCCAGUCCACCAAGAGCCUCCUCAGACGUCUGUCAGUGUGGAGUUCAGCUCUGCAAGCACACAGACAUUUCAGCAGAAUGAUUUUGAGAGCAAAGAUCAGUCUACGCUUGUGCCAGUGAAAGAUGCCACUAUUUCUGCAGAGUCUGUUGAGGAGGUUGAGGAUGAGGAGCCAUCCUUGGGAGCUUUUGCGAAUCACACCGGGCCCGUCCACGGCCUCCACGUUCACGAGGGCCUGUUGUACACAUGUUCAGGGGACAACACAACACGGGCCUACAGUCUGACGAACAAGGAGUGCCAAGCAGUUUUUACGGGUCACACAAACAAAGUCAACUGUCUGCUGGUGUCGUCCCUCCCGAACAUGCCGUCGCGCCUCUUCACCGGGUCCAGUGACCAGACUAUCCGCUGUUACAGCCUAAAGUCUAAGAAGUGCCUGGAGCAGAUCUCUCUAUCGGACAGAGUGUUGUGUUUGCACACUGCCUGGAACAUUCUGUUUGCUGGACUCGCCAAUGGAUCAGUGGCCAGCUAUGACUUGAAGACUCUGAAGCAGUUAGACAUGUUUGAGUGCCACGGCCCGCGAGGUGUCAGCUGCCUGGGGACAGCGCAGGAGGGCGCCCGCCGAGUGCUGCUGGUCGGCUCCUACGACAGCACCAUCAGUGUACGAGACGCCAAGAGCGGCCUGCUGCUGCGCUCGCUGGAGGGUCACACCAAAACUGUGCUCUGUAUGAAGGUGGUGAAUGACCUGGUCUUCAGCGGCUCCAGUGACACGUCCGUUCAUGCCCACAACAUCCAUACGGGUGAGUUGAUUCGGAUCUACAAGGGACACCGUCAUGCCGUCACAUCAAUCGUCAUCUUGGGGAAAGUGAUGGUGACGGCCUGUCUGGAUAAACUGAUCAGAGUGUAUGAGCUACAGUCCCACGACCGCCUGCAGGUGUACGGGGGUCACAGUGACAUGGUGAUGUGCAUGGCCGUGCAUAAGAGUGUGAUCUAUACAGGCUGUUACGAUGGCAGCAUUCAAGCUGUAAAGCUCAACUUGAUGAAGAACCACCGCUGCUGGUGGCAGAAUUGCUCCCUGAUCUUCGGCAUAGCGGAGCACCUUGUGCAGCACCUCGUUAGAGAUCACACCAACUCGAAUCUGCAGAUGGUCAAAUGUCGCUGGAGAAGCUGCAGCACAUUCUUUGCUCAACAGCAGUCAGUUAGGCAGGAGCUGCCUGAACACAUGCAGAGGCACGUGGAGAACGACAGUGAAGUGCUGCCUUGACAGCAGCAGUGAAGCGAUGUGAAGUUCUUUUCAGGAUGUUCAGUUGUACUUUCCAUUAAUUUCCAAUGGAAGAUAAUUUUUUUCGAUAUGUUCUUCUGGCUUUUGGGGUGCUCAUCUCAGCUCUUUGGUCUGGUGAAUACUGUAUGACCUCUGUGACAGUGAGACGAGAGGCGUUCAGGCUUUUAAUAUCGAUCAGUUUUGCUGUUGAAAUAAUUAUUUUCAGCUGUUUUCUUCAGUCAUUUGCAGUGUAAAUUAUCAGUAAUUAUGCUUUAUUUGACAAGUAAAAUGAGUCAUUACUCUA